AUGAUUUUUAUAGAAUGGCUAUUCCUCACAAUUUAUUCUUGUGAUGCAGCGGAACCAUGGCAAUUAGGAUCUCAAGACGCAGCAACACCUAUGAUGCAAGGAAUAAUAGACCUACAUCACGAUAUCUUUUUCUUCCUCAUUCUGAUUUUGGUUUUUGUAUCAUGGAUCUUGGUUCGCGCUUUAUGGCAUUUCCACUAUCCAAAAAAUUUAAUCCCGCAAAGGAUUGUUCAUGGAACUACUAUCGAGAUUCUUUGGACCAUAUUUCCUAGUAUCAUCCCUAUGUUCAUUGCUAUACCAUCAUUUGCUCUGUUAUACUCAAUGGACGAGGUAGUAGUAGAUCCAGCCAUGACUAUCAAAGCUAUUGGACAUCAAUGGUAUUGGACUUAUGAGUAUUCGGACUAUAACAGUUCCGAUGAACAGUCACUCACUUUUGACAGUUAUACGAUUCUAGAAGAUGAUCCAGAAUUGGGUCAAUCACGUUUAUUAGAAGUGGACAAUAGAGUGGUUGUACCAGCCAAAACUCAUCUACGUAUUAUUAUUACAUCUGCUGAUGUACCUCAUAGUUGGGCUAUACCUUCCUCAGGUGUCAAAUGUGAUGUUGUACCUGGUCGUUUAAAUCAGACCGUCAUUUCAGUACAACGAGAAGGAUUUUACUAUGGUCAGUGCAGUGAGAUUCGUGGAACUAAUCAUGCCUUUACGCGUGUGCCCGGAAACAUAGGCCGACUAUUGGGCCCACUUUGGCUCAGCCGCACCACCCCAGGUGCGAGCCACCCGAUAAGCAAGCUAUUACAGCGAGCAGCUGGAGCAUUAGGGAGCUGAGGAGCAAGACAGUAGAUAAGAUAGAAA